AACAAAGCUGUUAGAUAUACAUUUGAGUAACUUAAAAAGUACUUUACAAUCUUCAACUUAAUUCAGGCACUACAAAUACUCCCACAAUUUCUAUGGAACUCAUCAUCCUCUGCCCUCUGCUUCUUCUAAAGACAGAUGGCUAUUUCACCAAUUACUGCCUUUGUUCUCAUACUAACUGUAGUUCCAUUUUCAGAAGCAGCACUUACUGCUCAUUACUAUCAUCAAACAUGUCCACAGGCCGAGAAUAUCAUCUAUCAAACAGUUCGCAAUGCCUCUAUUUACGACCCUAAAGUCCCAGCCCGCCUUCUUAGGAUGUUCUUCCAUGACUGUUUUGUUAGGGGAUGUGAUGCAUCAUUGUUGCUUGACUCAACCCCGGGAAACAAAGCAGAAAAAGAUGGGCCUCCAAAUAUCUCGGUUCGAUCGUUUUAUGUAAUUGAGGAUGCCAAAGCAAAGAUCGAAAAAGCAUGCCCACACACGGUUUCUUGUGCUGACGUAUUAGCAAUCGCUGCUAGAGAUGUAGUAGCAAUGUCUCAAGGUCCAUGGUGGCCGGUGCUUAAAGGAAGGAAAGACGGGAGAGUGUCGAAAGCUAAUGAAACCAUAAACCUCCCAUCUCCAUUUUCCAAUGCCACAACACUUAUUCAAAGUUUUGCUAAAAGAGGAUUAAAUGUCAAAGAUUUGGUCACACUUUCAGGUGGACACACAUUAGGGUUUUCACACUGUUCUUCAUUUAGUGCUCGCAUAGACAACUCAACUGAUCCUACGCUUAAUAGUGAGUUUGCUAUGAACCUGAAAAAGAAAUGUCCUCUACAAAACAAAGAUCGCAACGCAGGAGAGUUUUUGGAUUCCACUUCUUCAAAGUUUGAUAAUGACUAUUACAAAAGAAUUACUAUGGGUGAGGGCGUGUUUGGGUCGGACCAAGCACUGUAUGGAGAUGACAGGACUAAAGGGAUUGUGGAUUCGUAUGCUAAAGAUGAGAAACUGUUCUUCAAAGAAUUCGCAGCUUCUAUGGUCAAACUCGGAAAUGUAGGUGUUAUAGAAGAUGGUGAAAUCAGAGUGAAGUGUAGCGUCGUAAAUUGAGGCAUGAAGAGAGAAAGGGAAGAAUGGAAGAGAAAGAUAAAACUUUUAUACAAAUUUUUUAAAUAAUUUGUUGUUUUCCUUUGUUGGUUUUAAUAAAUGAAUAAAACGGACCUAUUGCCUUUUGUUUA